UGCCACUCAGAAACUCUUACGGGGUUUGACAGGAUGACAAGCAGGAAGGAUGUUUCUCUUGGAUGGGAUGGUUAGAACAAGAAGACACAGUCUCAGAAUAAGAAGUCAUCUCAGACUUGGAAGUAGAGGAAUGCCUUCACUCAGAGAGUGUGAUACUUUGGACUUUACUUCAGAAGGCAAUGGAGGCUCAGGCAUUGAGCAUAUUCAAUUUCCUAUGUUUAGGUACAUAAAUGAAGAUUGGUAAAUUGGGAAAAGCAUAAACAAGGGUUCUGGUACCUGUGUACCACACCAGAAGAUAAUCGAUGCACGUGGAGCAGUGCUGUAUUCUCUAUAUUUCAUGAUCUGCACAAAUAUUAACUGUACUGAUUAAGCAUGUGGUUCUGGAGGAUCUAUAGAGAGGCUGUAUUUCUAAUGGUUAUCAACAAUAGGCUCUAUGUUUACAAUUAUGACCCUUCCUUAUUGUCCUGGAGUUCUUUCAAUCCACCACUUCCCAUUUUAUCCUCCUUCAUUGUCUCAACUACAUCUCCACAGUCUACUUCAGAGACUGUCCUUUUGUGGUUCCUCUUCUCCCUGUCUCAAUGUUUCUGAUGGCUGCUCUUCCCGUCCUUAAAAAUCCGAAUCCAGGCAGUCUUCAGUUGUCCUGGCCACACAGCAUAAUAUCCUCCAAAGUCUCUCCUCCUUAUCCUCACUUUAAAAGUUUUCUCUGAACGUCUUUGAAUGCUUAUUGUGGUUGUCUCUUCUAAGUAAUUUGUUACCAUUCCGCGUACAUUCAACGUGAAAAGAACUCUAAUGAAAGACGUUUGAUCAGGUUAAGGCUAUGUAAAUGGCACGGCUGUUGUGACACUCCUAUAGUUUUCUAGUUGAGGGCAGAAAUCAACGCUUGCACUUUCCUGAUCUGCAUGGGUCCUGUGCCAUAUAUUGAAUCUGUGGCAAAUUACAUGAACUGUGGCCAAAGCUGGUGUUUGCAGUCGACUUUAUGCUUUACUCAAUUGUUUUUAGAUAUGUUAUGUUUGAGCAGAGGCCGUACAUAUUGGGGCUAGGUUUCACAUCUGUCACAUAUACACUCUCAUGUAAAAGAAAUGCUAUUGCGUGUAUUCAUGUGGCCGUUUCUUUUGGCUGCUCAGCUCCUUCUGCAGACAAACACCCGUUUUUAAAAGCCAAUUUUCUUUAUUGUAGUAAUGGGAGCUCGCUUUCACUUGGGUCAUUGCGCCAUCUAGCACGAUAAUCACGAAAGUACUCCUGAUUCAAAGCCUGGGGGCUCGGGCGUGGAAGAGGGGGAGUUUCAAUCUGAAAACGAAUCAUUUUUAUAAAGCUGGCGUUUCACGUUGUUUGGAACGUUCCUACUUUGCACGGCUGGCCGUCCAACAACAACUAUUUCUUCCUUUAAGGAAAGACACAGAUUCCCUACUACAGACCGUCCAGGAAGUGACAAGCCUACUUCCCUUUGCAAUUUCAGCUGAUCAGUAGUUGUGAGUGGACGGCUCCACAUCAGGAAGAGAGGGGUUUUUGUUCGAGGGAAGUGGAACAGUGCAGGAGAGGUCGGAGCGGAGGAAAGCUGCCGGCUGUCUGGACGGGAGAGUGCAGAGAAGUUCGGCAAGACUCAGAAGUAAAACUCCAAUCAGCAGAGAGCACAGCAGAAAUGAUAUGGAAUUUUUGGAGAUUUCCUCGGACUGAGUCUGCCUAAACAAGCUGUCUCAAUAACCUUCACUAAAAAAGUCAAGUUUGAGAUUCUUCAGUUCUGGCAUCCGUUGUGUCUAUCACGUAUCCAAAUAAUGUGGCUUUGCAGUGAAGAAUCCUAGUACUUAAUGAUUGAAAAAUGAGAUCUUAUUCUAGCAAGGCACAGAAUCCCAGUAGAGUAAUGAAGAGCACGACAGUAACAUUCUUGCAAUUAGCUCUCAUGUGGACCUGAAAUGGAAGAUGCAGCCUAAAAUGAUACUGACAGACGAUUGUCCCUAAUGUAGUGAAUCCAGAGAGGUGGCUAUGUUACCAUGGUGACUCUUUUAACCAAAGGUCUGGAAAACAAGGGAUUGGAUUAUGGUACAUGCAACACCUUCAACUCUGAACUGCACCAUCCAAAGAAGAUGAGUAAAGGGCCUACUCUCCUCUCAUGUGGAAUCAUGGAGGGGGAUCGAUGGAGAGACAUCAGUAGGAAGUCUCAAAUUGACCUCGAGCACACCACCAAUGAACUGGAUUCACCUUGGACUUGUUUGACCGGGUCGGAGAACUGUCAGGAGAACACAGUUUGGCCAAGUGAUUCAAAUCCAGCGUCUGCUGUGACCAGUUUAAUUAAAGACCUCAGCCUCAGUGAUCGAAAUGGCCAUCCGUCAGCACCUCCCAGCAAACGGCAAUGUCGGUCCUUGUCGUUUUCCGAUGAACUAACGAGCUGUCGGUCUCCAUGGAAACCCAGUGGGUCAAAAGUCUGGACUCCAGUUGACAAAAGACGCUGUCACAGUGGGAGCAGUGUGCAACCUUGUUCAAAUGGAGUAUCUACAAUGCAGAGGAGUUCAAGUUUUAGUCUGCCUUCAAGAUGCAAUGUCUUUUCAUUCUCGUGUGAACCCUUGGCUAGCAGUAACAGUUCUGUGUGCCCCCGGGGACAGGGCUUUUGGACCGCACCCACCUUUGGAAGGUUUCAAGAUGAUCUGCGUCCUGACUCCAGUUCAGGAGUUGUGUCCGGGGUCGAUCUACUGCGACCUCUUUCUCUCUCUCACGAGCAGAUCUCUGGGCUGGAGUUUGGCACACCGUCCCUAAAGAGUGCGUCUGCUGCAACUCCCGAACCUGUGCAGCAGACCAGCCGACUCCUCCGCUCCAGGUCACAGCCGUGUGUCCACAAUGAUCAGAAAGUUGGGAUGAAACGCCGCAGACCAGACGAAGAUCAAAGACCAUCGCUUGACCUUGCCAAGAUGACUCAGAAUCUCAGGAAUUUUCACAGCCCCAGCUCUGUGGGUACCACUGGGAAUGAUUGCUGUCAACGAGAACAGACCAUCUCACCGAGCUCAACUGCAGCAAAGACAUGGACACCACACGUCUAUGUUUCAACUCCCAUGCCAGGCACAACCCCUGCCUGUAGUCCAGAACCACAGCAUCAUGGGGACUCAGAAAAACCCUCUACUAGCAAAGGGGAAACUGGCAGAGAGAACACUGAGGUGUUUGGGGUUGUGAAGCAAAGCUGGCCAAGUGAGAAGAAUGAUAAAGACUCCUGGAGGAGGGAAGACGCUGGACAAGAUGUAUUUCAGCUGGAUGGUGAACUUGACAUUGAGCAAAUAGAAAACAACUAGCCUAUCAGGUUCUAGGAUGCAUGAGCAGAUGAGAUCUAUAAAAUUGUGCACAGUUUGCUGCAUUUUUUUGUGUUUUUUAAAUAGUGUUCCAAGGGCAUGUUAAGUCAAACAACUUCACAUCUCAGUAUGUCUAUACCUGAAUAUUCAAUUUGCCAAAAGACAGUCAGACAGUCCUGCAUCUGUUGGAGCAAACCCAAAUAGGACUGGAGGUAGUUUGUUUUUAACUACUCAUUAUACACAGAUAUAAUUGUCCGAGACAUUGAGUUUGAAGGCACGCUCAAGAAAACGUGGCCCCUCUGUUUUUUUAUCGAAGCUUACCGGUAGUAGUUUUAUAUCAAAACUGCUUCAAAUGUAGUGUGAAUGAUCUUUGCCAUUCUGAUUUAGUAAUUGACACUUUACCCAACAUUCCCCCGGCCCCCUACCCCAUCCUAACAGAUGCCAACUUUCCCAAUCCGAAACUGUGAUCUCAAUGGACUGAAGCCACAAAAGCAAUCUGUCACAUGCUGCACGUUUGCAGACUGUUUUGUUUGUGUUUUAUUUUGUUUCCUUGUACUUACCAUCUUAUUUUUAAAACUGCCCUAAUGUUUAGCUUGCUUUUUUCUUGCAACUAAACUUUGGUAUUAUCUUGCUGUGGUGAGCAAAGCAGAGCCAUUUUAGUUUUGGCUGCUGUCUUAUGUUUCCCAGCAUGUUUGUACUGCAAUACUGAGAUAUUUUCCUCUGCAAUGAGUGAAAAUAAAAUCAGGAGCAAAAUAUAUUUCUGUGUUUGCAGUGGGACUCAGUCGCUAACUCCUCCAGACAAUGCACACUGGUGCAAUGAGGCAAUUGACUGCCUACCUUGCUGUAAAUUCUGAUGGGUCUAUACCCACUGGUACCUAUAGAAUGCCAGUUGCUGAGCUCUUAACCAAUGGAUGUUUGCAACCUGACAUGAAAGAAGGGCAAGGCAGGUAGUGAGAGAUGGGAAAAUCACUUAAUAUAUAAUCAGUGGAUUUCAAAGUUAUAAGAAUUCUAUCUUUUGAACCACAAAUGAAUGGAAGUUCAUUAACUUCAGUGAAAACAUGCAGAAACCUAUGGACAGGUCUAAAAUCCAGUUGUAAAGGAAACUAUCCAGGAUUCCUAUCAUAAUCGGAAGAAUUGGCAUCUCUGGCUUGGACAACACAAAAUUCCAAUUAUCAGUUUUGUGUGUGUGUCUACUAUAGACUCAGGGUGUCCAUAAAUGGACUUUUGAACAUUUUUUAAAGAACCCACAACUUUUCUUAAUUUAUAUUAAACUUGUACAAUACAGGACAAAUGUUUUCUACUGCAAGGAUUAUUUUCUCAUACUGCAUGUAACAAAUUAUCUACAACCUCAUUCUUUGCAAUACGUUUUUAACCGGAAUUAGUUACACGGGAAGUUUAACAGUUAAUAUCAAUGCUGCUGGUUUCAGAUAGAACUUCAGAAGGCUAUUAUUGUAAGUGAGCUGGGAACGAGAUGGUGUACAGUGAGGUUACACUUCUAAAGUGUGACUGUCUUUGUUUGUUUAUUACAAUUUCUGGAAUGUCAGGAAUUCCAAGAAGAAAUGCAAGGAUGUCUAUGAAAGUAUUGACUAUUUUAAAAAUUUUUUUUCAAAUGUAGACCAAGCAAUAUUUCUGUUGAGACAGUACUACCUGCAUGUGCGAGAGAAACUGAUGGUAGCAAAAUGUGUUAUUUAAUGUGAAAGGCCUUUCAGCUCAUGGAAUGCUAUCUAGUAUGUGAUGACUCAGAAUUGAGCCAUGAAAGCCAGUGACUAAUUGUAGUUUUUCCAACCAUUAUUUGCAGCGAUAACGCAGCACUACAUAACCUGUUUGCCUUACUGUACUUUGAAAGCUUACACAGUAAAUGCUGCAGUUAUAUAUGGCUAAUCUGGACAUUUCAACUUGAUACUUAAGGGAAAUUAUGCUAGCAAAUCUCGAUGCAUACUUUGUAUGAAAAGACUGCUUAUAUACAGUGAAUGCAUGGGCUACAGUUGCUGAAAUAAAUUGGAGAACACUGCUGUAUUUCAGAAAAUUUGUAUGCAAUUCUUAACUAGAAGCAAGAAAGUCUGUGAAGAUUUGAGGCAAAUUCUAAAUCAGUAAAUCUGAUUUCUAUGAUCAGACUGUCUUCAGCAAAACUGUAUCACUUCCUGUUGUUUUACAUGGGCUGUUCUCAAUUUUCAAUAAAAAGAAACUGAAGCUAAA